CAGACAAUUCCUCAGGUCCGCGUAGACUUCGCCACGAAGCUCUUCGCGUUACUUCCAAAGCACCGCGCGCCGAUCCCUAUAACACCUCAACAUUCGCUCUUUUUCGCCACCUCGAACCCCGAACUCCAUCACUCGUUUGGGAAGAGUCGUGCUUCGGUCCGCCGUCACCAUGUUCAAGCGGUCUUUCAUCUCGAAGGACCGCGCGGGCAAGGCGCGUAAGAUCUCGAAGCGCUCUUUCAACGACGACGCUAAGCAGAGAAUGCGCGAGGCACUGAACGCGAAGAGUCCCGAGACAUCGCCUUCGAUAGGCACUAUGUCUUCACCCAAGCUCAACUCAGCAAUCGUCACGAUCGCAGUUGGCAAGGACCAGCGCCUCUUUGCCGCGCACGAAGACGUGCUCUCCCACUCGCCCUGCUUUGUCGAGGCCUGUAGGGAGCAAUUCUUCGAACCUGGCCAGAAGCGAAUCGCACUCCCAGACGAGGAGCCAGAGAUCUUCUCCGCCGUUCUCGAAUUCCUCUACAAGGGCGACUACUACCCGCGCUUGAUGCAUGACAGAAAGCGCAACACGUGCGCGCUCGAGGACGGUUCGGGAGAUCUGUCAACCAUCCCAACGUCCAUGUCUCCCCGCUUGGACACUCCCGACUCAAAGAAACCUGGCGGCAUCAACGAGUUCGCCUCAAUCUAUCAUCACGGUGUGGGUGACUACAUCCUUCGGGAUACAGUCAUCUACUGCACUGCGUUGAAGCUGGGUCUCCCAGAUCUGCAGCGUCUUGCUCUUCGCAAGCAGGGCCUGCAAACUGGCAUUGACGUGGCAACUAUUCUGCGCAGUGCACGAUUUGCCUACGACAACACACCGGCCAGCGACUCGCGUCUCCGCGCUCACUACCUCGCUCUCAUCAUCCGCAGCCGCAAGACCUUCAAGCGCAGCGGCACAAUGCAAAUGGAGAUGGAGAAGGGCGGCACGCAAAUGUUCUUUGACUUGUUCGUCGCCAUGUGCAAUCACAUUGAUGACGUCGUGGACAUGGGCAACGCCCAGCGUACUCCCGAUAUCACCAAGUGAAUCUGCGCAUGACACAAGAACGGACACAGUCGAUGCAGAAACCCCCGAGGCAAAACAUGAUCAAGACUGUCUUUUCACCGAAACACAAACUCAACUCCUGCCGUACGCCAAACAACACCACAUAGAAGAUCGCGUGUUGGCCUGUUCGCACAUCUCGGGACUAUUUCCGCUCUUCAAGGAAUGGCGUUAGGAACUUGAUUUCUCUCGACUCUCCGAGCAGCAGGCAACGGCUCUACACCUCUCAAACGGCGCAGAUGAACGGCUUCGCUUCUCCUUGGGAUCUGGAUAUCAUUUUUUGCUAACAUUUGACCUUCUUUUGAACUGAGCUGUUAUUUUACCUGACUUUGCAUCAGGCCCGCUUUACUUCGAAUUGAUGUUGGCGGCCUGUAAGCGAGUCUUGCGUUCUGCGAUUUGCUUUUUUUGCUCUGAUUCCUGCGUGAGGAGAUUUCUAAGAAGGAACAACACUCUUUUGCGUGUCGUGCGAAAGGAAAGAUUUCUUUUGUCGGUUUUUUGGUUGCUAUCUUUGGUUUGAGUGCUUGGACAUUCAUCAAGGCUGGGAACAGAAAACCGCCUUCGUUGACAUCUUCUAUCUGUCUUUUGUGCUUCUAUUUUACUUCUUCAAGAAAGAAUGUCAGUUCCGUCGCAAGUCUGCUUGCGGACUUGACGGCGAAGCCAGCGUACCACAGCCUUAGUCCUGCCUGCAGGAUGAAGAGCUGAGUCGUUGGGACAAAAACUAUUUACAGUUUGGCAUGACGCUGGUUUGGGGUCUUGUUGGAGGGGACUGUUGGACGGUAUGAUACUUUAGGUAGUGUGUAGGUAUUGUGGGAAUGAAGAGACGUCUGCCGCC